AUGCUGCAGCUCCUAGUGCCGCCCGAGGCAUGGCGACACAUGCUUCGAGCAACGCUUCGUGAAUGCACGUAUCUGCCGGAUCCGAUAGCGAAAACCUACAUGCGCCAAUAUGUGCUCCAUCGAUAUCGCGCCAAAGCCGCCGUAUUUGACGCAAAAUAUCAGGAGCUUGCGCAAAACCUACCUAUGCCGCAGUCGACGAGCCCUGUCGCAGAAAACACCAGCACCAGCACCAGCACCAGUAUAGAGCGGCAAAUCCGGCUCCGGAGAUCUGGGCGGAAGCUGUUGCGUCUACUCGAACACGCAAAUGAAGGAUACAAAAAGGCGCUGGAAAGAGUGCUGAUGCUGUCUUAUGGACGUAUUGGUGUCAAACAACACAAGCUAUACUCUGCGCUGUUGCGCGACACGGGGGAUGCGAAGCAAUUAAACACGAACAAGGAUGUUGAGGAAAUUUUGGCCAAGAAUUGCGGGUGCAGGUUCAACAAGGACUGGCAGCCGCCAAAGGUCCUGGUCGAAGUUCUCAAGGCGCAACGCAAUUCUCCAUACGUGCAGGUUGACCGAUCGACGCGAUUCAAAUUUAAUCCAAAGCUCCAAAUCCCCACAUUGAACAGCUGGCUCAAGCCAAUGCCCGAAGUGCGUCUUCGAAAUCUGAAAAGGCAAUGGUACAAUCGCGCAAAAUCCUCGGUGCUUCCGCCUCUUGAUCCGUCCGAGUGGGAUAUUUUAGUUGGUUUGCUUCGAGGGACAGUGCCAUGGAGACCCCCUGUUCGACGCCAAAAAGUCCCUUCUCCUCUCACGCCACCUCCCACCGAACUGUCUCCUCUUGAGUCUUUUCUGCUUCAGGGAGCCCAGAAGGGGGUCACAUUUGAUCCCUACGUCGAUGAACGGCCGCACCGAAUCACCCGACGGUUUAUGGUACGAGUCUGGGAAAAGAUCUACCAUCGCUCGCCUUUGCGGGUGGAAACGCCUCAAGGGAUUCGAUAUAAAUUCCCAACCGAUCGACGGUCACCGCCGCUGACACUGGCGGUCAGGAGUGAAGAGGCCAAUUGUUUGUUUGAUGGCGUUGACCAAUACGGUCGUAUAGUAGAAUCUCGCACGCAGUGA